GCUUGGACACACGCAGGGAUCCUUCUGAAACACAAAUACAGCUUUCUGGUUGGAUGUGCCUCCAUUUCAGAUGUCAUUGCUCAGGCAGUUGCAAUUUUGACAGCUACGUAUCCAGUGGGACACAUGCCAUAUGGCUGGCUGACAGAGAUCCGAGCUGUUUACCCUGCUUUCGACAAGCUCUGCUUUGUGAUGUUUUGGACGCCUAAUGUAUCGGAGAAGAUCUUGAUUGACAUCAUUGGAGUUGAUUUUGCUUUUGCGGAACUCUGUGUCAUUCCUCUCCGGAUCUUCUCCUUCUUUCCAGUUCCAGGGUCCAUGGAGCUACUCUGGGAGUAGGAUCACUUCUCGCUGGCUUUGUAGGAGAAUCAACUAUGGUUGCAAUAGCAGCUUGUUAUGUCUAUCAAAAACAGAAAAAGAAGAGGAAUGAUGAUGAGACUGCGACGGAAGGUGAAGACUCAGCAAUGACCGACAUGCCUCCAACAGAAGAAAUAACGGACAUUGUAGAAAUGAGAGAAGAGAAUGAAUAAUAAAUGAACACUCUGCAAGGGAAAACCGGAAGUUUACUCCUCCUCCCACACUUUACUUUUAAUGACGAGGCCUUGCUUCUGAAGGUUUCAGAUGAUGAAUUCAUAGCAUACCAAGUAUGCUGGCAUGGAUGAGGAACUUAAAGGAACAGUCUCUAUUUUUCUUCUUCCCCUUCCAACUGAAUUUUGUUUUCUCAUUUCACGCAAUAGCAAAAGACAUGGCGGCUAUUCAGUAGAGGAAACUUACGUUCUUGAGGACCUUAUCUUUUAUCUUUGGUCAACCAAAGUCUCUCUGUUGAUUCAUGGAUUGUGUUGCCAUCCUGCAUCAUCUUCUUAUACCUGCCCGGCUUCUUUUUAUUAUUGUUAAUGAAAUAUCAAGAUACAACUGGGGAUUGUGGGGAGGGGGGGAACAUUAGCUUUAUUUUGCUUGCUGAAACAUGACCUUACUCCUUUGAUCUGUAUCAUGGUGAAGCCCCGAGAUUGGCUUUCUUAUUAUUAUUCAGUGUAAUAUAUUGUAUAUUGCUAAGACUACCAAACAGGAUCCUAAGACGGAAAAAGAGUGAGAGAUGAAAUAUCUUAAAAGAGACUUUUGAUAAAUACAGAAUAAAACUAAAUACAGGGUAACGCUUCUGCUUUAAGGUUAAUUGUUAUCUACUAUAAUGCAAAAGAGAGUUUCCCCUUUGGUAGUCAACCGUGAACCAUCUGUAUUACACUAACCUUGUAACUGUUUCCUAAAAACAAUUGUGGACCUUUAAAUCAGAAGCUCUAUUACAAUAUUGGUGUCCUAUCUAAAACUUUAUAUUUGAUAAGUGUUGUUCUCAUAUUUGAUGCUAUGCAGGAUACUGUAGUUGAGGUGAGGGACAAGCAUUUGUUAGUAGGGGGGUCUCUCCGAAAAGAAAUGUGGCCACACACACAGACACACAUCAAUAUUUAAACCAAAGUAGUAAUCUCUUGUGGGACAGGGGAGGGGGAGAAAUAAGGCUAUUUGUACAAACGGCUCUAUGUGCUAACUUGUACAACGGAUAUAAUAAUAUAUCUUCUUCCUUGAGAAAAACUUGGAUAGGACCGUAUCACUUUAGGGGGAGCUUGCCAAAAUGGAAUAUGCUUGUUAAGUAAAUCAAAACCUACAUUGGGAAAAUGGUCGAAACGGAAAUCUUGCGGUGAUGUGGAAGAAGGGUCUCUGUCAGUGAAAUCCGUGUUUUCAUUUGUCAGUCAUUCUCACCUGAUCGGACUACUUAAUGCUUUGGUGACUUUGAUGCGCUACGGAGCUCGCCCUUGGCCAGGCCAUCGGCUUUCAUGGAUUGGCAGUUAUACAGCUAACGUGGGUUACUGCAAUCCAAGCGCAGCUUUAACACGGGGAAAACCCCCAGCUUCCAGCUCUUGAUGUGGAAAGUGAAAAUGAUUUCCCCGUAGUUGCUGCUCGGGGGAACUUCCUGUUUUUUUGUCAAUCAUGCAGCUGUCCACUAUUAAGGGAGCUAAAGUGGGACCCUCGGUGCCCAUGAUUAAUUUGGUAACUUCACAUGACACUCUUAACACACAACAAAACAUACGGAAACAUUUCAAGGUUUCUUUAGACAAAAUUAUAUUUUUCUAUAAGCUUUACAAACCGUGAAAUGAUUUUAUUUAAUUUUGCACAAAGCUGUUUUCUAGAUUUUUGGAAGUGGAUAGUUUUGAUCAGAAGACAUCUGUAAAGAUCCUAUAUCAAUAUAUGUGUGUAUAUACAUACUGGAUGUGUAUAAAUAUAUAUACAUAUAUACAUAUAUACAUAUUGUACAUUAUAUGUAAUUUAUUUUAGGUUGCAAUGUCUUUUUCUUCCCAAAGCUCAGUAAAAAGAAAAAAAAAAUGCAAAACAGAGCUUGUUUGUGUGGUGAAAUUUAACACUAAAGAUAUAUAUUAUUUUUGGUAAAUUGUCGCAAGGAAGCAAGAAUGAUGGGAGUUACUCCAGAUGUUGUUUUUUUUUAAUUAUUGCAGCUCAUCUAUACACAGAAAUUUGCUAGAUUAAAGCGCCAAUCUGCAAAACUCUUGACUCGCUUCCUAUAGAUCAAAGAUUCCAUACUGAGCUGCCUCUGGUCUUUGGGAAAGACCCCCCCCCUCCUGCAAGUGUGUACUACAGGGGUCCCCCCAACUCCCGGGCCAUGUGAAUGGCGGUCCGGUGCGCACACAUACACACCUUGACUUCCACAAACAAUGGCCGGCGCACACAGCUCAAACAUGUGCAAGUUUGGCUGAGGAGGGGAAGGGAAGCAGGCUGCCUGAGUAGCAAGCUGGUGUGCACGCACGCACACAGUUUGACUUGCAUAAGUGGCAGGUUGGUGCACACACACAGUUUUGCUCGCAUGAGCAGCAGGCCGGCGCAUAUGCGCAUGCAGCUCAACUUGCAAAACUUGCAGCAGUGGUGGGCUGCCUGUGCGCCGCCCCACCACUCGUGUGUUGUUGCUCACAUAGCCCACUCUCCUCCCUGCCAGAACACGAAGCCACAAACCAUUGGGAGCACACUUUUUUUUUAAUUGAAAAUUUUAAAAAACUUUUA